ACGUCUGCAUGCUGAGAGGCUCAGGAGGUGGCUGGGUGACUUCUAAACUGCAGAGCCGUUUCAGGCUAAAGCUCAGAGGCAACAGCUAUCGACAUAAACCAAAUCCCAGGGCAGCUGUCAGAGGUAUACAGCUGCAUUGAGGUCGGUGUGACCGGGCCUGCACAGGAGAUUUGUCUGGAUGAGAGCACUCUGAGCAGGUUUUUGCCAAACAUUUGCGCCAAGACCUUCAAUCUGGUUCAACAAAGUAAAGAAAGAAGACGGCGCUUCUAUUCUGUGCAGCACCGGGUCUCUCUUCACGGCAGAGUUCAGAAUUGCACUACAAUGUCUACGGUGGCUUCUCUGCAGUAAGCACACAAAGGUUAUGCUGCCCAAAAGCUGUCUGAGUCCCAGUGAGAAAGAGAAGGGCUAAAGCCGCACCAGUCCAAACCAGCUUCCCAGCGCCUCUCCAGCAGCGACUCCACUGCAGAGCCAUGAGCAACCCCAGCGCUCCCAGCCAGAUCACUGACGCCGUGGCAUCGGUUAUUCACGGACCAGAGGCUCCUGCUUCAUCACUACAUGGGUCUCCGCGCCCAGAAGACGAGGACGAUGGAGACCUGAACAAGGCCUUGGGUGUCCAGCGUUUCCAGCAGAUCCUCAGCCCGGCUGCUGUCGUACCUGAGGAGCAGCUCCACACCUACCAUGAGGAGGACAUUGAAUACCACCGUCACUCGUCUCACCACAUCCACCGGCCUCUGUCCAAACUGCCCCUCGAGGGACGCAGGAAGAAGAGCAGUAAGAAAAGGAAGAAGGACAAAGAUCACAAAAGCAGCCAUGCUCCCAGCAGUGGCCCCAUAGAGGAGGGAGAGGAUGAGGAGGAUGAGGAGGAAGAUGUUACAGAGCCCAAUUCUGCUGCGUCUGAAUCAGAGAAAGUCAAAGAUGUGGAGUUUUUUGUUUCCGAUGAAGACCCUGCAGCCAAACGUGACAAAGAGAGUCCACACUCAGCCCGAGAGCUGGACAUUGUACCACAGUCUGGUGUGGGAGCAGAUACCGAAGAUGCAUCUUCCACAGAUAAACCGGGCAGUUCCAGCCCGGCUCCUCAGUCAGUCCCACCUGAACACCCACCGCUGGGCCGGGUUUCUUCCGCCAGCCGCAGCUACGACCUGCAAGAGCGCCGGCGAACAGGCAACAUGACUGGAGCUGAGCAGGCCAAGUACCAACGCAUCCCCACUGAUGAGAGCGAAGCCCAGACGUUGGCCUCCGCUGACCUGGACGGCAUCAAAAGUCAUCGUUUUGAAGAUGUUCCUGGUAUGCGUAGACACCUGGUCAGAAAGAGCACCAAAGGACAGGUGGUGCACAUCGGCAAAGACCACAAAGAGCCGACCACUCGCAGCCGUAAGCAGGACCGGACCCCACAUGAGCCGUUACCGGUGGUUCUGUACCGCUCUGCCUCGCGGCCAGAAGGCUUCCUGCUGGACAUGGACUCUGGUCAAAUGGUUGGGUACCAGAAGGUGUUUGUGGAGCUGAACGAGCUGACGAUGGACAAGAACCAGGAGAUGCAGUGGAAGGAAACGGCUCGUUGGAUCAAGUUUGAGGAGGAUGUAGAGGAGGAGACGGAUCGCUGGGGGAAACCUCAUGUUGCUUCGCUGUCCUUCCGUAGCUUGCUGGAGCUCAGAAAGACCAUCUCCCAUGGUGCUGUGCUGCUGGAUCUGGACCAGAAGACCCUGCCUGGCAUCGCCCACCAGGUGGUGGAGCAGAUGAUCAUUUCUGACCAGAUCAAAGCCGAGGACCGAGCCAAUGUCCUGAGAGCCCUACUGCUGAAACACAGUCACCCGAACGAUGAGAAGGAGCACACUAGCCAUUUCCCCAGGAACAUCUCUGCAGCCAGCCUCGGCAGCCUGAUCUCGCACCACCACAACGCCAACCACAACCACCAGCCGGAACCGUCUGUGACCGACCCCCUGAUGGGCGCCGUUCACUCCAUGAUGGACACGGACACACGCAUCAGCAUAGAGAAGAGCGAGAUGCAGCAGAAGGAGCCGAGCGUGGGGCCUGGCAUGCAUCGGUCCAAGUCCAAACAUGAGCUGAAGCUUCUGGAGAAGAUUCCUGAAAAUGCCCAGGCCACAGUGGUCCUUGUGGGCAGCGUGGACUUCCUGGAGCAGCCCACCAUGGCGUUUGUGCGGCUGCUGGAGGCGGUGGAGCUGGAGUCCGUCCUGGAAGUUCCGGUGCCGGUCAAGUUCCUCUUUGUUCUGCUGGGACCUCCCACCACCAGCAUGGACUACCACCAGAUAGGACGCUCCAUCUCCACCCUCAUGUCUGACAAGCAAUUCCACGAGGCGGCCUAUAUGGCAGACGACAGACAGGACCUACUGAACGCCAUCAACAGCUUCCUGGACUGCAGCAUCGUGCUGCCGCCUUCAGAGAUGGGAGACGACGAGCUGCUGCGCUCCGUCGCUCGCUUCCAGAGCGAGAUGCUGCGCAAGAGGGAGGAACAAGGAGUGAAAGCAGCCAAAGAGCCAAAAAGCUUUGAGGAAAAAGAGGCCCAACUCACACCUCUGAAAAAGUCAGACGACCCCUUACAGCGAAGUGGACGCCCCUUCGGCGGGCUGAUACGAGACGUGCGGCGGCGUUACCCGAAGUACAUCAGCGACUUCAAGGACGCCCUGAACAGCCAGUGCAUGGCUGCUGUCAUCUUCAUCUACUUCGCCGCUCUCUCUCCGGCCAUAACGUUCGGAGGUCUGCUGGGUGAGAAGACGGAAGGUCUGAUUGGAGUUUCUGAGCUGAUUGUGUCGACGGCAGUGCAGGGUGUAGUGUUCUGUUUGCUCGGAGCUCAACCGCUGCUGGUCGUGGGGUUCUCUGGACCUCUACUGGUCUUUGAAGAAGCCUUUUACAGUUUCUGCAAAGCGAACGGCAUAGAGUACCUGACGGGUCGCGUCUGGAUUGGCUUUUGGCUCAUCAUCAUCGUGAUCGUCACCGUGGCCUUCGAAGGCAGCUUCCUGGUGCGCUUCGUCUCCCGCUUCACCCAGGAAAUCUUCUCCUUCCUCAUCUCCCUCAUCUUCAUCUGCGAGACCUUCAUCAAGCUUGGCAGGAUUUUCAAGGAGCACCCACUGAAACGCUGCUCCCUCUCCAACGGCACCGAAGACGGCCCCUCGACAGAAAACAUCACCCUCAUGCUGAGCAACAGCUCGCUGCCUGUGAUGGUGAAGGUCCAGGGGGAGCCCAACACCGCACUGCUCUCUCUGGUUCUCAUGGCUGGAACUUUUUUCAUCGCUUUCUACCUGCGCAAGUUCAAGAACAGUGCCUUCUUCCCCGGCAGGUUCCGCAGGAUCAUCGGAGAUUUUGGGGUUCCCAUUGCGAUCCUCAUCAUGGUUCUGAUCGAUUACUUCAUAGAAGACACAUACACGCAGAAACUGAGCGUUCCCAGCGGAUUCUCCGUGACGAGUCCUCAGAAACGUGGCUGGUUCAUCAGUCCUCUGGGCACCAACGAUCCGUUCCCCAUCUGGAUGAUGUUUGCCUGCUGUCUGCCUGCUCUGCUGGUCUUCAUCCUCAUCUUCAUGGAGACUCAGAUCACCACCCUCAUCGUCAGUAAGAAGGAGCGGAUGCUGGUGAAAGGUUCUGGUUUCCACCUGGACCUGCUGCUCAUCGUGGUUCUGGGCGGAAGCUCGGCUCUGUUCGGCCUUCCGUGGAUGGCCGCCGCCACCGUUCGCUCGGUGACCCACGUCAACGCCCUCACCGUCAUGAGUAAAGCCGUCGCCCCCGGAGACAAGCCUCGCAUCCAGGAAGUGAAGGAGCAGCGGGUCACCGGGCUCCUGGUCGCCAUCCUGGUUGGCCUGUCCAUCGUGAUCGGCGACCUGCUGCGUCAGAUCCCGCUGGCCGUUCUGUUCGGCAUCUUCCUCUACAUGGGUGUGAUGUCGCUCAACGGCAUCCAGCUGACGGAGCGGAUGAUGCUGCUCCUCAUGCCGCCAAAGUACCACCCCGACCACACCUACGUCCGCAAGGUCCGUACGCUGCGCAUGCAUCUCUUCACCUGCAUCCAGGUGGUGUGUUUGGCCGUUCUGUGGGCCGUCAUGUCCACCCAGGCGUCUCUGGCGUUCCCCUUCGUCCUCAUCCUCACCGUCCCCGUCAAGAUGUUGGUGCUGCCGCGCAUCUUCUCCGGCAGAGAGAUGGCUUGUCUGGAUGCUGAUGACGCAGAGCCGAAGCUGGACGAGCGUGACGGUCACGAUGAGUACUCUGAGAUGCACAUGCCUGUUUAACCAGCAACAAGCCCUCGUUUUACCACUUAAAUCCUCUUAGCGGACACCAAAAUCUGUCAGUCACAACCAAUGAGAGUUCUGCGACGGACUCCUUUCAAACUUGAAACACUCACAGGAAAAAAAAAAAUCUGUGCACCGCCGGAGGUCUGGUUGCUUUUGAUCACUAUUUAAGUAGCUUUUCUGCCGCUUAAAUGCAGUUUUGUUGCUCAAAAACACGAACCGAGAGGUUUUUUUAGCAUUUGCUUAAACAUAAAGUGCUUUUUUUAAAAAAAACAUCUGAUUUGGGGGACAAGAGAUUCCAAAUCAAACGAUGCGAUCUCGAGCUCAGAAUUAUUAACCGUAGCUAGAUUUGCAAGACUGAUUAAUUUUUAGCCUUGAAAAGUUGCUCUGAUUCACAUUGAAUAUGUGGAGGAUAUAUAGGAUACAUUCCUUUAUAUUAACAAGCUGAACUAUUGCUAUUCAAGUUAUUUUUUCACAUUUUAGCCUCACCAAGCGCCUUAUGAAGGAAAUAAAAAGGUAUAUUGAGCGGUGUUUUUAUUAUUUUUCCUCAUUCUGUCUUAUUUUAGACAGCUGAUCACUUUACCUGAAACGCGAAGCUCGUAGCACUUUUAUAAGAUACCAAAUCUGAACAAUGACUGUAUUAUAAGUAAUCGUUUUAUCCUCUUAGCGUUGCCUUAGGUCGCUUCUUAAAUGAUCUAUGAUUGAUUUUUAGCCUGUCCUUCUUUAACCAUUAAUUUUUUGUACUCAAACGCAGAUAAUAGUUGAGCUUUUUGUGUCGCAUUGUGUACCUGCAAUGAACUAAGAUAACCAGCAGAGGGAGAUGUUGCAGGACGGUUAUGUUAAUGUACCAAAAAAAACACAUAGAAAUGCAAUUUGUCGUUACACUAAUGCCAUAACAUGUUGCUUCUCUUCAUACGAACACUUUUAUUUUGUAGAAAAUAAGACAGUGGCAUAUUGAAUAUACUCUAAAUGUCUCCACGCUAAUGUUUAGGGCACUAAAGUACUAAUGUAGUUUAUUCUGAGGUCUCACUUGGUGUGUUUGGUUUAUGGGAAUUGCUGUAAUUUAUUAGGUUCUUUGUUCAAGUGCCAAAUGUCUCGUGUAAAUAGUUUCAUGAUCAGAACAAUAAGCUGCAGUUCAGUCAUCUCAUAUCUCCUAACUGCUGUUUAUGAAGGAGCCUAAAUUGACACAUUUUCAUACUGCAAGUUUUUUAUUUUAAUCAUUAUUUUUUUUGGCAUUGACUAAUUUAAACAUUUCGCUCACACUUGUGUCAACUCGGUCGACCAAAAUUCCACACAAUCUGUGUAGACAAUCUCAAUAUUCACGCAUUGCUGAGAGGGAAGGCUUUUAUAUGUUCUUUUUUUUAGUUUUAUGUCAUGUUGCAUCAGUGUGACAUGGAUUGGUUAAAGCUUUGACUGUGUCAAAUAUCUUAAAUUUCUCGGUCCUCUGUUACUCUCACGGAUGCAUUUCAGACACUACUUUUCCGAUUACAGCCUGAAAAUGACUGAUCUUGUGCCUGUUUGGUGUCACAAAGUUGCACGAUAUCUAAGUGCCUGUGGGACCACGAAGUGAUCAGCUACAAGUGUCUUCUGUGUUUGUAAGGACGGCACACGUUGCAAUAGUUUGCACUUUUGAGACACUCAUAAAUCAGACAUCUCUAUUAUUUAUCUGUUGCAAUAUCUGGCAUCGUUCCUGUUUAUGAAGACUUAUUUGGGGGCGUCUCCCUUGUUUUUAGAUGUUCAAACACACACGGCUUCACCUUGGCCACGACAAUGAAGGAGAUAUUUAUAAGAAGUGGGCAGUGGAGUUCAGUAUUUGUCUUGUGUCUGCUUAUUGUGCCUGUGAAAGACGUGAAGGUUAGACUGUGUCUGUCCACAAAUCUGUCGGUCAUGAAAUGCUGAUAAAACGUGAUCCAUUUCAAAAGCAAUACAAAGCCUGAGAGGCUGUUGCUGAUGUUCCCUUGUACAAUAAUGGUUCAAAUAUUGAUGACAAAUAAAAGAUAUUUUCUAUUUA